AUGACUAAAUUGUCGAAAUAUCUAAGAGAUGAACCUGUAGAUUCAAUUUGUGGAAAUAUAAAAAAAAAAAGAGAAAGACAAAAAUGCGAAUCAUUUCAUAAUUCAUACACACUUUAUCCAUAUGAUCAACUAUUUGACUUUACAUUUAUCAGACAAAACCUCAAAACCAUAAAUGCACCAAAUUUCGACCUUGAAACAGUUAUUGAAAUGUUAAAUAUCACUGAACCAAGGAAAGAAAUUUAUUUCGAUUUUACCUAUGAAUAUGAUCGAAUGUACGACACUGAAGAAAAACCACACAUCAAGACUAAUGGAUUGUUAGAAUCAUUACAACUAUUCAAGAAACGUCCUGAAAAGCUUAUAUACUUUGGUAGUUUAUUUGGAUCAGGAAGAAUCCAUAAAGGUUUGGAAUCAUCAAAAAUCUUCUUUAAAAAAUUACAAGAAUCAUUUGUACCAAAUAAUCCAGUAAUUUUAAGUGUGGUGUCUAGUAUAGUAGAAAAAAUGAGUGGUGUUGAUGAUUAUAUUUCAGCUCAUGCUAGAGGCGGUGACAACGUUUAUGCAGAAAAAAGUAAAGAACAUUUUACUGAUUUAGUUAUGCAAAUUGAUAAAAAAUACCCAGAAAUUCCUCCACAUUUAACAUCACUGAAGAAUGAAUGUCCACCUAUUGACAAGGGUGAAAUCACAAAGAGAAAUUUAUAUGUAGCUAGUGAUGUUGGUAGGGAAAACGAAUCCAUGAAAGUGAUUCUGGAUAAAUUUCCUUGUCUAAGAAUGCUCUCUGAUUUCAGAGAUCAACUUGAACCUUAUGGAUCUCUCAUAAACCCUGUAGAUAAUAAAGUAAUGAGUCGCUUUUUAAUACCUUUAACUGAUCUUAUGGUAGCAGCUAAUGGCUUUGAAGUAUUUACAAUUAGAGGCAGUACUUAUGGUGCUUAUUUAAAAAGAUAUCAUAAAUUCCUAAAAAAGAAAGUUAUUAAAAGUUGA